UAUGCAUUAAGAGAAGCCGUAGAGAGAGAACUGGCAAAAUUGGAAGCUGAAGGUGUCAUCUCACCCAUUAAUUACAGCGAGUGGGCAGCUCCAAUAGUUUGUGUGCCUAAAAAGGAUGAUAGUGUGAGAAUAUGUGGAGACUACAAGGUCACCAUCAAUCCAUGGUUGAAUGUGGAACAGUAUCCACUACCCAAAACCCAAGAUUUAUUUGCUAAACUAGCAGGAGGUCAGCAGUUUACCAAAUUAGACUUGUCGCAGGCUUAUCAGCAAGUUCUGUUAGAGGACAAGUCAAGACAUUACCUAACUAUCAACACACACAGAGGGUUGUAUCACUACAAUAGGUUACCCUACGGUGUUGCUAGCGCCCCUGCUAUUUUUCAAAAGAUUAUGGAUCAGGUUCUUCAGGGCAUGGAAGGGGUCAUCUGUUAUUUAGAUGACAUCUUAAUUACUGGAAAAGAUACAGAAAGGCACCUGACUAACUUGGAAGAGGUGCUUAGUAGACUUGAAACUUACAAUCUCAAGGUUAAAAGAGAGAAGUGUGCAUUCAUGCAGAACAGCGUUUCAUACUUAGGGCAUGUCAUUGAUGCCAUGGGCAUACAUCCAAUGAAGGAAAAGACAGAUGCUAUUCAGAGGGCUCCAGUUCCGAAAAAUGUAACUGAACUCAGGUCAUUCUUAGCUCUGUUAAACUACUAUGGGAAGUUUAUCCCUAAUCUAUCUACUCUGAUUCAGCCAAUGACAGCAUUGCUGCAUAAAGAUGCAACCUGGGAAUGG